CAAAGAGUCUGACAUGACUGAGCUACUGAUCUGAUCUGAUCUGAUUCACUAAAAAGUAUUAUAUUUUUCAGUAUUAUGUUUGAUAUCUUCAGAAAGUGCCAAAGCUAUGGAAUGUUUAGAGGAGUGGAUUGGUGUAAGAAGGAAGUGCUUCUAUUUUUCUGAUGAUACCAAAAAUUGGACAGCCAGUAAAAGAUUUUGCAAUUCACAGGGAUCAGAACUUGCUCAGAUUGAUACACCAGAGGAUAUGAAAUUUUUGAAGAAGCAUGCAGGAACUUUUAUGUACUGGAUUGGAUUAAGCAGAAAACUAGGAGAGUCUUGGAAAUGGACAAAUGGCACUACAUUCAAUGCUGGGUUUGAAAUCAGUGGGAAUGGACCCUUUGCUUUUUUGAAUUCUGAUGGAGUCCACAGUUCCAGGGGAUUUGUUGAUAUCAAGUGGAUUUGCAGCAAACCAAUAUCUAAAACAGAGAAUAAAUUGGGAAAUCAAUAA